AUGUCGAGUGUUCAACCAUCAAAUCCUAAAUUAGGAAUUAGUGUUUUUAAUUCUGAUCUGACAGAGGCCCAACUUGAAUCGAUCAAGAAUUAUUAUAAGAUACUGAACGGUUUUCGUGCCUCUAUUCCUGAAGAAGAUUGCACUAUUGAUGACCCUCUAGAUGGGAUGACUGGCAUUUAUGCCAAAUUUCCUUAUGUGGGCUUAAGGUUUCCCAUUAGCCUUUUUUUCUUGGAAGUUUUGAACCGUUAUGGUGUUUCUAUGUCUCAAGUGAGUCCUCACUUUGUAGCCCGUGUUCUUGGUUAUGAACUUCUUAGUAAGGCUUUGGUAGUUGAGCCUCCUUUCUAUGAAAUGUCAUACUUCUUUAUAUUUACUCCAUCCGGAGACUGGUAUACCCUUUCUAGGCGUUUCAAAGAAAGAGGCAUUAUAAAGGGUGUCUCGGAUGGUUUUAAAGGUUGGGGUAAUGGCUUCCUUUUUGUGAGGGAUAGUGUUAUUGAAGGAAAUAUGGAAUGGAGGGUUCCGGAUCAACCCAUAAAGGAUGUGGCUAAAAUUCCAAAAGCUUCUAACUUGGUGAUUCGGGCUUAUUUGGGUCAUUCUGUAUUCGGUAAAGUCUUGCCAGAGGCUGCACUUAUUUAUUAUGGGAUGAGCAACCUUGGUGAUCCAGAAGAGGGCAGUUCUUCUGCAGACAGUAUUGCGGAAUCUGACUCGCCUAACGAAGAGAUGGAAGAGCCUAUUACUGAAGGGAGCUCAAAGAGGUUGAAGAUGAUUGAUACUGUACCAGAUAUUGAAAUUUUAUCAACUACAGAGGUGUUAGCCCUGAAGGUAUUAGCUGCGGAGGAUGUGUUAAAGGAGAAGAGGGAAGGAAAGCGUCCGGUUGCCACUGUUCCCACUAACAGGGUGAAUGAAGGUUCUUCCACGAUACUUGGUGAUCUUGUGAUGUCACCAGUGAUGGCGGCUUGGAGAAUUGAACCUUUUCGCCCGGACUUUCAAGUUGUGCAUUUCGGAUCUAUUCUCAACAGCUCUCACCUCUGGAAGGAUUGGUUUGCUAACAUGUCCCCCCAGCUCAUAAGGAUUAUCUUCUUACCAUUCCGGAUGAGGGUGUGGCUCAAAGAGCUACUUUUGCUUCUUUGGAGGGUAUUUAUAGAGAUUUGGAGAAGUUUGGAUUGGUGGAGUUAUGGCCUUCUUCUCUGCAGCAGAAAGACUGCCAACUUGUGUGUCACUCUAGUCUGCAAGUUGGAUGAGCACCGGAUUACCUCUUUGGCCUAUGAAGAGAAGUUAAAGGCUUUGGAGAUGAAGGCUACGGAAUCAGAGGAAUCUUGUUCCGUCCUCCCGAAGGAAUUAGAAGAUGCACAGGAUGAGUUGAAAGUGGCUAAGGAUGAGCUUGAUGUUGUUCAGGUUGAAUUUGGAGAGAAGGGUUGUGAAGUUGGGCGAUGCUUUUGCUCAGACUCAAGAGGAGAACAAGAAUCUCAUCAAGGAGCUGGAAACGCACAUGAUCGACACUUGCUGAUUACUGAGAGUAUUCCUUACUAUUUUAGUGAGGGUUUGGCUGACUUUGUGUUCCAGAGGCAGUUCAAAAGGGGUGUGAAGCUAGAGGAGACGCCAUUUUGCAACCCCAACGCGAUUACCAAGGCCCAGGAGGCUACGGUGGCUCUUCAUCAUCUAGCUCUGGACUAUCAUAGAGUCCUUGCUGACAAUGCCCAGAAUCCCACUCCAACACUUAUGGGUAUUCGUGCCAAGCACCUCCUGCCUAAUCCGAAAGCUAGCACAUCCCACACAGUGACAGGACAAGGGUCUUUUGGUGCAGGAGAUAGGGAAGGGGAGGCGAACCAGGCAAAGGCAUCUUGA